UAGAACAAUGAACAGCCAAUUUCACUGGAAAGGAGGUUCUAUAUUAUCAGUCACGGCCAAUCAGAAUCAAGUACUCACCCAGAUUCAUGUUGAUACAAACAUGCAGCUUAGUGCAGCUUUAAUAAAGCGUUUAAUGAAAUGUGACUUUAUGAAGCAGUUUAUCGUAAAGCACUUGUGUCUUGCGUAUUAAAUUCAACAUAUGACAUCUUUGUCUCACACUAAAAUAAAUAGAUAUAUUUUCACAUAUAAAAUAAUCAACAGACACAUGGUUUUCACACACUCGUAACAAAUUGUGUGAUUGUGCUUAAAAAAGAAGAGAAGAAACACAGAUCCAAAACAUAAAAUUGUCUGCCACCUAAACAUAUAAACACAUUUGCUGUGAAAACACAACAUCUUUCCUUGAAGGCUCGAGAUUGCAGGAGGCUUCCAACUGCUCUCCAUCCUCCGCCUCUAAUUGGUCCAAAACGCCCCACAGACUGAGCGCGGCCAACAUGAGUCUCAUUUCGCUGCAUCCGACGGAGCGGCUCGGUCUUCCCGCCGCGCGCCGCCGCCGCCGCCUCCCCGAGCAACGCAUCAUCCGCGCGGUGCCGCCGAGACAAUCGGUCAUGUUUCACCGCUCGGUAAAUGUCCAGGGUGAGGUGAGUGCCGCAGGCGUUGCCUGACACCCGCGCGAGGCGUGCGCCCAAUUUCCCAUUUUCUGCCGCUCGCGUGAGAUGCUCUCCAUUUGUCAUGGCGCGAGGUCUGCUUCCAUGGGCGCUCUGCAGAAAGCCGCUGAACAUCCAGGCCAAAUUCUCCUACCUGCAUAUGAAGUACCUGUUCUUUUCAUGGCUGGCGGUGUUCGUGGGCAGCUGGAUCGUGUACGUCGAGUACUCGUCCUACACGGAGCUGUGUCGCGGGCACGACUGCACAAAUUCAAUAUGUGAUAAAUACAGGAAAGGAGUCAUCGACGGCUCGGCCUGCAGUAGCCUUUGUGAGAAAGGCACCCUGUACCUGGGGAAGUGCUUCACCGCCAAGCCCAAAAGCCAGGUGUACUCUGGGAGCUGGGGAGACCUGGAGGGAGUCAUUAAGUGCCAGAUGGAGGAGGCUCCUCGUUACGAUUUGGGGAGUGAGAUGGAGCCGAGGAAGGCGUCUGCGGCCUUCGACAAGCCCACCAAGGGGACGUCUGUGGAAAAGUUCAGAGAGAUGAUCCUCAACCACCUAAAGGCUAAAGUGGGGGAUCAGGCCAACCUCGCCGACCUGGCGACCCAAGUCUUGUCCAUAACCGACGCCAACAAAGACGGUCACAUCUCGCUGCCCGAGGCUCACUCCACGUGGGCUCUGCUGCAGCUCAACGAGUUCCUGUUGGCGCUGGUCCUGCAGGACAGAGAUCACACGCCCAAGCUCCUGGGCUUCUGCGGAGACCUGUACGUGAUGGAGAAGGUGCCGCACUCCCCCCUGUACGGCGUCAGCCUGCCCUGGGUGGUCGAGGUGUGGAUGCCGGCGGGCCUGCGCCACAGCGUGGACCAGUGGUUCACCCCCUCCUGGCCGCACAAGGCCAAGAUCUCCAUCGGACUCCUGGAGCUGGUGGAGGACGUGUUCCACGGCACUUUCGGCAGUUUCCUCAUGUGCGACGUGAGCGCCGCCAGCUUCGGCUACAACGACCGGCACGACCUCAAGGUGAUGGACGCGCGGUACAUCGUCCCCGAGGCCAUCUUCCAGGAAGACAUCAGGCAGCAGCGCUGCGAGGCGGACGAGGACUGCGUGUACGGCGCGGACUGCCUCACUUCCUGCGACCUCACCAAGCACCGCUGCACGCCCGAGGUCACCAGGCCCAACCUGGCCAAGGCCUGCGAGACCCUCAAGGACUACGUCCUGAGAGGGGCCCCGUCGGACGUCCGGGAGGAGCUCGAGAAGCAGCUGUACGCCUGCGUCGCACUGAAGGGGUCGGUGGAACAGAUGGAAAUUGAGCACUCGUUGAUUCUGAACAAUCUGAAGACUUUACUGUGGAAGAAAAUCUCCCACACCAAAGACUCCAAAUAAAAAAAUAGACAAGGGGUCCAGGGACAGAUGCUUUUGUUUUUAAAAUAAAAUGUUUGACCGUUUUCCCACUGAGGAAAACAGAAGUAUGCGAUUCCCGUUUGUAACUGACGUUUUAUCCUAAAAGCGCUGGUCGAUGUAAACUUUCAUAUUAUAGCACAAGUUGACUUUAAUAUACUCGAGCAAAAUGAGCACGUGCAAUUUUUCGGAAACCGUGACAGUAUCAAUAAAUUUGACUCAUCAACUUUG